AUGGCGGACUUGAGCAGGUGGCUCCUCACUUCGCCGCCCGUAGAAUGGGCGCUCAAGGGCGCGCGAGAGCUUCUGAUCGGCACCUUGCGCCAGGGACCUAUCCCGCAGCAUGUGGCCUUUGAGAUGGACGGCAACCGGCGUUUCGCCAAGAACCACCACAUGGAAGCCAUCGAAGGACACAACCUGGGGUUUGAGGCGUUGGCCCGUGUGCUCGAGAUCUGCUACAAGUGCGGCGUCAAGGUGGUCACCGUCUACGCGUUCAGCAUCGAGAACUUCAAUAGGCCGAAGUCCGAGGUUGGCGGACUGAUGAAGAUGGCCAAGAUCAAGCUGGAGCAGCUGUGCCAGCAUGGCGCUCUGCUCGACCGCUACGGCGCAUGCAUACGAGUGCUGGGGGAGCGCGAUCUGAUCCCACCGGAUGUCCUGCCCUACGUUGACAGGGCAGUCGAGAUGACCAAGCACAACAAGAACGCUGUUCUCAACAUCUGCUUCCCCUACACCUCGAGAGCUGAGAUGACGGCGGCGAUCAAGGCCACCGUCGAGGAGUUCUCCGCACCACCAACACCUCCCGCCACACCCUUCUCGCAGGCCAGAAUUACGCAAAAGAUCAAGUCCAAUCAGCUUAAGAGGACGGAUUCGGUGCCGUCGCGCGAUCCGUCGCCAGACCCCCACGCCAGAUCCGACGUCGAUGACUCGGUCUCGUCCACGACGACCCUCAACCCAGACUCGCCCCGGCACACGCCGAAAGACAAGGCGCAAGUCAAUGAGUACAAGGACAAGGAAACAAUCACUGCCGAGACGGUCACGGGCCAUAUGUACACGGCAGACUGCCCACCGCUGGAUAUCUUUGUCCGAACUAGCGGAGUGAGACGACUGAGUGAUUUCAUGCUGUGGCAAUGCCAUGAGGACGCGCACAUCUUCUUUCUAAACUGCUUUUGGCCAGAGUUCGAUCUGUGGCAUUUUGUCCCCGUGCUCUUGGAGUGGCAGUGGCGGCAGAAGCAGAUGGGGAGAGAGGCGCGCCCCGGAAGACGUGUCAAGGCCGAGUAG